AUGGCCUCGCAAACACCCAACUGGGUCCCUUGGCAAGGACCUGCCCCGCCGCCGCCGCCUGCCCCUGCUCCUUUCCCGGUGAACCGAGGAUCAUUCCCUUUCCCACCGUCUCCUCAUCCCACUAUUCAUGAUGCCGAAGACGAUGACAUGACGGAUGGGAGCUACUCGGAUGACGAGUCGAACAGUGGUUCUGACCAAGAGGAGGAGGAUGAACCCGAGGAGGCCACACCCAACGUCGGGCGACCAAGAGAAUUCGUGGCACCUGCGAAUGCGAAACCCCAGGGCAACCACUGGGUCCCUCCUCCUGGGCCUCCCCAGCCCCCAGGGCAGGGGUCACCACUUGAUGUUCUCACCGAGAUCAGGAAGAUGAUCAAAGAGGAGUUGAAGCAGGCGCCGAGUCCCACGCCACAUGAAGGCAAUGCCAUCAAGGACCCGGCCUCAACCGGUCCCUCCCUUCGCCCCCGCUCCGCGCGGGUUUCCUCCUCAACAAGCACCGAACGCACCGCCAUUUCCUCGGCAGCCCCCUGGCUGCCAGACCCGCCCAAGGAGCUGAGUGCCAUUGAUAGAAAAUGGGGAGUGCUGUUCGACAAGGACGACGUUCCCACCAAGAGAUGGGAACAGGUCAUGGAGGAGUUCAUGCCGCAGAAUACGUUAGUAGUGACACCGGGGAAAAUGGCUGCGUUCUACUCGCACCAUAAACUCGAGCUGGAAGCCUUUCCUUUCACAGAAAUCUUCCGCGGCCGCCAGGGUGCGCCGCCCGCUAGACUAGCGGAGCUGUACCAACAGCUGGGAUGUGAAUACUAUCUCGUCCCGGCUGAGCCCAAGGCCCGGCCUACUGUGCCAGGCUUGACCCCCGCGGGUUGGGCACGAUGGAUGACGCUGGCCAUGCGGGCCUACCCCAACGAGGAAUCACAGCGGUUAGCCAUGGUCGUCGCGGCCUUACCUAUCAACGCCGACACUCUCUUCGACAUCAAACCGGAGCGUCUGCCCAAACAGAUCUCCCGCCACCUGCUGCCAGAGAGAGCCGAUCGUCAAUCCCGAGUUCUCCUAAGUAGUACUCUCAAGAACCACCUCGACGCCACAACACAACCACCCCCCCGCUCACCCGGCAAGCCGCUCCCAGAAUUCAUCCAGCUCAACCCCAUCGAGCCGGACAGAGAGAGGCGCAUACCCCGCCCGCCCAGCCCUCGCAGCCGCUACCGGCCCACGGGAGGGAUCCCGUCCCCGCCCCCCUCCCAAGCAGGAGACGACGACGACGACCACCCCCGCCGACGCCCCGACCGCGAUCGGGACCACGGCGGCCGGGAGAGGGAGAGGGAGCGCACCUACCGCGACGGCGCCGGCCGCCUGCGCACCUACGAGAGCAACGGCUCGGCGCGCCGCGACCCCCUCCCUCACCUGCCUCCUCUCCAUCCCGCAAAUCCCGCACAUCCUGCACAUCCUUCCCACCCGCCCUUGUCCUCCAACCGGCCGCCCCCUCCGCCGGCUCAUCGCAGGCAUUCCAUGUCUGGCGGCGUCACGGUUGGUGGGGGGAGGGGCCACGCGGAGAGAGGGUAUACGUGGGGGCCUCUACCGCGGUCGUCGUCUGAUUCGGCGAUGGAGGCGAGGAGGGAAAGGGGGGAUUCGAGGGAUGGGGGCCGUGAGGUUAGGGAGAGGGAGAGGGAUCAUGGGAGAGAGAGGGAGAGGGAGAGGGAAAUGGGGAGAGAGAGGCAUAGAGAUCCUAGGGACAGGGAGCGGGAUAGGGAACGUGAAAUGGAUCGAGAGAGAGUAAGAGAGAGAGAGGCUAGGCUGAGAGGACGAGAGAGUGGAAGAGAGCAGAGGGAGAGACCCCGAGAGAGACGGUCAGCGUCUGCUGCUGGGUUCCCAGAGCGAAGGGGCAGUGGUGGGAGUCGCAAGCCACCGGUGGUGGUGAAAAAUGGAAGAGAGAAGUCAUCGCGGGAUCGAAAUGGUGGCGGUGGUAUCUUCUCGACCAAGAAUGCGUUGACGUUUUGUCGCGUUGGUUUGUCUUUGUUGGACGGUUGA